AAUCGUGAGGCAGAGUUUUAAAGGGUUUAAUAAAACUGAAGAGAUAGAGAGACACAGCGACUGUGAGUUUGUGCGCGAGGAGUUGGGAAAAGAAGAAAAAGAUGGGGACGAGAGAGGUGUACGAAGAGAAGCUGAGGAGUGGCAAUAUGUAUAAUCACGAUCCAACCAUAAACCCUGGCCUCGGAUCCCCACGCUGUCCUCGCUGUCUCUCCCUCUUAAACCCUAACUCCGCUGGAGGUGAAUGGACUAUCACUUCCGUCCUACACGACGCCACUGCUGUGGCGGGGACAGGUAUUGGUGCAAUGCUUAGUGCAGUUCACGGUUUCAAUACAGGGAUCCCAUACCUUCAAAAUCGUGUGAAGGGGCCGAAGUGGCUUCCUUUCCUAGUUGGGCUUCCUCCAUUGCUACUCUUUUCUGGUACCAGCGCUGCAUUCGGAGGUUAUGCACUCCCAAAGUUCACUCAACUCACAGUGACAUCCUAUUAUGCUGCCUCAAGUGCCUCCUAUUAUGGAAUCUCCCUUCUUACCCGACAUAUUGAAGAGGCCCACACUACCCGGACUAGGCAAGAAAGGCUUGGAUGAUUUCUUGCAGGUGCACAUACUUACAAGUCUACUAUUCAUUUCCCAAUUUUGUAAGCAAAAAUAUUUUUGUGGUUGUAGAUGCAUGAACUUGUAGAUCGUUAGUACGGUUCUUCCCUUUUCUGCCUCUUUAUUUAUAUGUUUAUAAUAAAAUAUUUGCUUCACUUGGUGGAAAUUCAUGUUAUAAUAAAAAUGAUUAUAAUUUAUAAAGAUGACUUUAUAUGUUCUAACUUUUUGAAUAGUUUGACUUGUUGCCUUGAGAUGGGAAAUGUAGGUGAUUAUGACCACUUCUCAACAUUGCAUAACAUGUCGUCUUGAUGAACUGCUCUAAUAUAUGCCUUAAGUAUCGAUUAUAGAGAAAAAAUAAUAAUUCACACCUAUCAAUGCCUUAUAAAAGAAUGGGCAAAGCCUAUGUACAGUUCCUUUGAUGCAGUGCCAUAGGUUCUCCAACUGAAUUCAGCCAUAGGAUUUUUUUGGCCAAUACAACAAAAACAGUGUUAAUCUAAGGCACUUUACCUAAGGAACUGUACUUAAAGCUUUAGUGGAUAUUACCAAAACCUAUAGGGACAAUAUGGUAUAUUCAG